AUGGUGCUAGUAAUCUCUCGGGCUCAGGUCGUGAGCAUGCCAAAAGUGAUUAGAGGACAUGUGUUCUAGAUGUGUGAAUUCUUUCCCUGCUUUGUAAAACCCCCCUGUAGAAUGUAGUGACUUUUUAGACUCACUGGAAGGCCAAGCAAUGAAAUAUUUUAUUCUGAACAGUAGGUUGCUGACGAUGAGCCCGACAUGUCUCAACAUGGGUAUUCUUUAAAAAAAACUGCUGAUCCGCUGAAGAUAUUCCAGACCGACUAGCUGGCUUCAGGGCUCCUCUCCAACAAUGGCUGAUGUCAUAUCUGCUCAACGACAUUCAGACGAUUCCGGUGUCCCAUUCAGCUCUCCGAGACGCCCCGAGGGCUGCUGACUAACAAAGAGAGAGUGAGCUGAGAGUUAAUUGGGAUGCAUGACUCACUUCCGGAGGCUCUGGGUCUUGCCCCUCACUAGCAGCUCAUCUGUUGUUGGUUCCAUGACCUAAUACUAUUUGUUGGUUUCCGGAUCUUCUCUUCCUCCUGUGUUCAGAGCAAAUGUUAGUUUGUCUGCUUUUUAUGAGGAUUUAUUUGGUGUGAGCUUGGAAUUGGGACUGCCAAAUUCCAAUCUCACUGCUAUCAUAGCUGAGACGUGCUCGUUUUGUUUGAGAAGAGGUUGGUUACCCCCCCACCCCCCCCACCCCGAGCCAACCGACAAUACCGUCCCUUUUUUAAUUUCCUAGAAUCUCCCAUCACCUCCCUCUGUAGCCCAGUGUACCUGCCACUACCAGACCCCAUCGAAGCUGCUGAGUCAUUGUUAGGGGACGCAGGCAGGGAGCUCUUGUUGACAGAUGGCCUUGGCGAGGCAAAGACGAGCCCCCCCCCCUCCCUCCACACAGUCUAUCCCCGUCAUGCUGGGGUACAUGCCAGAGGCGCCGUGCUCUUUUAUAAUUUACACACCUAUUUAUAUACCCAUUGUAAUGGAACCACACCUCCGAUCAAUUUACCUACCCGACAUGCUAGAGUAGAUGGUGCGGUUUCCCCCCAUAGGUUUCAUCCCUCCACGAACCUGUUUAAUCUCCUGUAUACCCAAAACCCAAAGGAAGGAUUACGUUUUGUUUGAUAGUGUCGGAGCUUCCCGACAGAAUCCUCUUUACCAUCAGAUAAUACACAAACACUUGGGGUAGGCUAUUCUGUUAAGCGGCUGAGUGCAGCUCAGCGUUACUUCAGGCAGCACGGUGGUUGCUAAGACGAGUGAGAGGGGAUGGGUCGUCCUUGAGGGAGAAGCGCAGAAUGCUGAGGAAGAGGGCAAGAGAACCCCAAGGGAAGGGUGUGAGGAGGAGAUGCUACACUCUUCACCUUUUUUCUCUAGAGACACAGUAUGCUGCACUUGUCCUGAGGGCUGUGAGUGACGCAUGGAGAGGAUAGAGACCACAUCUAGCAUCUCUCUCAUUUGUAUGACUCAUGAUCUCUUGAUCUUUACAGGUAGAAAAUGUGCAAAGUCAUUCUGCAUUGGUCGUCGAUCAGUAGCUAUAGUAGCGUACGUUGCAGAACAGUUAAGUUAGUCACUAUGUACAUGAUGGGCAGAAUGAAAGUUGAGGCAAAUUAAAUGAAUGAUCGUGGAAUGGUGGCGCUUUGUCCUGCAACUCGAUAAUGCUGGCCAAUAAAUGUGCCCAUCCGAUAGCUAGCAUGAUGAGUCCAUGUCUCCUAGUGCCUGGAGCGGGGUGAACAUCACUGUCCUGAUCACUGAAAUACGGAGGGCAAUGUCCCUGCUGUAUCAGCCAGCCUGUAUCUGCUUUGUAACGUGACACGGUCACCCUGCGGACUGGGGCUAUCAAUAAACCCAAGGUCAUCCAUCCAUACAUUCAAUGAACACUCUCCACGUCAUCUCAUCACCCUCUAAUGUGCCUCAGGGCACAGUACGACAACUCACUUAAAGUCUGUGGCGUCGCGGGCCUCGGAAUGCCAAUCCUAGGUAAAUGAAGGACCGUGGAAGAGAACAAGCCCUGUAUUGUUACGUCGGCUAGACCUUAUCUCCUGUUCCUGUCUCAAUCUUCCUGAAACGGAGACUGCGGACCCGUGUCUGGCCCUCUCUCUGGGCCUGAGCGGUGUACGAACGCUGCCAGAACGUCAAUACCCUUUCGAGUGUGCAGCCGGGCGGACAUUUGCAUGCAGUCAGUCGAUGGUUACUUAUUUUUCCACACUGCCAGUGGCGAGUGGGUUAAUCACUAUACAUGUGUAAAUGUCGUUUGGGAUCAGCCUUUGGUUCAGUGCCAGUAAAGCAGGAAGUCGACGCUAAUGUAAGAUCCUGUCUUCGAGCUUUGUCUUUGUCUGGGCCUUAUUUAUGCGUUAAUAGGUGGGGGGUUCCAGGGACGAGAUGUUGUAAAGGCCUUUGAAUGCUUGGCUUCCUCUCCUGUGCUGUCCCUUGUGAGGGUGGGCUGGGGUGACUGCAGACUGGGGGCGUCCUGGGAGACCGACCCAGUGGGCAGCCACUCACGUCACGGCAUUGUCUCUGCACAGCAGGGAUGCUUCCUGUGUUUGACCUUCUACAGACCGAUACAUGCACAGAUGAAUCGGUCGGUGUCUGUGUGUGAGAGUGAGGGAGUAUUCUAUGUCAGAUAAAGAUACAAAUUAGAUCUGGUAGAGUGUUCAUAGAAAUUAAUGACAGUUUAAUUCAGAGAUAAUAGUAUUCAGAUGUGUCAACUGCACAUGACUUUAAGGGUCUUUUUCCAUUGUGUGCUGACCAUAGCCUGUCUGUCUCAUUCUGUUUGCAGGAGCCGUUUGAGGAUGGCUUCGCCAACGGGGAUGAGCUGACCCCGGCCGAGGAGGCCGCAGCCAAGGAGGCGUCCGAGCCGAAGGGAGCGGUCAAGUUCGGAUGGAUCAAAGGGGUGCUGGUGAGUGGUCAACCGACAGACUCUGGUCAGACCUUUUGGACAUCCUGAGAGCGUACUCCUGGUUACCUUUUGUUAUAUGACACUGUGUGUGUGUGUGUGUGUGUCUCAUUUAGCAGACACUUUCAUUCAAAGUGACUUACAGUAAUUCUUGCAUAAAUGUUUUACGCAUGGGUGGUCCCUGGAAUCGAACCCACUAUCCUGGCGUUGCAAGAGCCAUGCUAUACCAACUGAGCUACAGAGGACCAAUGUGAAGUUUCUGCCUCUACCAUUGGUACCGCAUAAGCACUUCUCUUUUUAGUCCUGACAUUGUAGGGAAUGCAGUGUCCUCGAGUUAUUCUUGAACAGUGUUCAAUGGCAUAGACCAGGGAUCAUCAUCUAGAUUCAGCUGCGGGGAGGGGAGGGGGGGGGUGCUCCCGCCGAACAUAAAUACACAUUUCUAGACCGCAAGAAGCCCAAACAGAUCUAAUGUUUGACUAAAACCUAAUAAUUUCAAACCUUGCUUACAUUUGCCCUCUCAUUCAAAGUACAGAACAUUCCUUCAGGCUCCCACAAUCAGGCUCUGUAGUAUAAAGUUCCCAGGUGGUUACUUAAAAUUAUUUUGGAAUUCAGAUAUCAAGAUGCACAUAUUAUCAUUGGACUAAAGACCCUUGGCUGUCUUAGCAUAUUUUUAUUAGUUCCUGUUGCAGUUAGUUUGUAUUGUAGUCUAGCAACAAGUGGUAGACUACAUGAGCGUGUCACCAAACGGAGGUGUGUAUGCGUGAGUGUCGAUCACACUCUACUCAGGAUCCUAGCGAGAAUUGCUUUUGCUGAUUAAUCCUUCCAGGUCUGUCCAGGCCAAAGCAUGUUUCUGAGAGACUAGUGCACAUGUGUCAAACCCAUUCCAUGGAGGGUCGAGUGUUUGCGGGUUUUCGCUCCUCCCUUGAUUGAGGAAUUAAGGUCACUAAUUAGUAAGGAACUCCCCUCACCUGGUUGUCUAGUGCUUUAAUUGAAAGGAAAAACCAGCAGACGCUAGGCCCUCCAUGGAAUUAGUUUGACACCCCUGCUCUAGUGUGAGAAUCUGGCAUGGUUGUAGCACAGUAUCUCCCAACAGGAGCACGUUUAGUUUGUUUUGUCCUUGCCCAGCUGAUUCAAAGAAUUAAACCUAGAUGAUUAAUUGAUUAUUUGAAUUAUCUGUGUAGUGCUAGGACAAAAACCAAAAUGUGCACUUCUGGGGUGCAUUGUUGUAGCUACUUGUCACACAGUGCAUAGUUUUCAAAAUGUACAGUACUUUUAACUACAUCCUCAUUUUCAACUCUACUGAUAGUUUUGUCACAAAGACUGUUGCGAUAAAUAGCAAAGAUGCCUACUCUGGUCUUGGCACGUGCGCUCUAGCCAACCGCUUCCAGAUACAGUAUGGGUAGGCUGUGAGGUUGGCUAGUCUACAUGAUGAGAUUAUUAUGGAUAUAAUAUUUUUAUUUGUCAAACGGCAGUCAAGCAUCGAUCAUCAUGUCAUCAGAGUAUGCUUGGAAAGGAGCAUCAAGCUCAUCACCGUGCACUUUCACUACCGUGUAAAGUUCAUCAUUUAUUUCAUCUGUAGCCUAAUAAACUGCUUGCUUUCCCGAGUUUUAGUGGGAGGACCACACAUCAUGUCAUUGCGUGACUCCAAGUUUACUUCGAAAUUAUAGUUAUUAUAUCAAUAUUUGCACUUAAAGGCGUUUCCACCGCCAUUUCCCGCAUAAUUAAUUUUACCGACACAAAGAUCCCACAAUGUCGAACGAACAAAUUGGCGGCAUUUAUACAAUUACACCGAAACUUCCUGUUUCCAUCACAGCUGUCAUAAUUUUAAAAAAAAUACGAUUAGGUCUUUACUGUGGAUGGAAACGUGGUUAAUGAGUUUUAGGUGAUGACAAGAUAUUUGCACUGAAAUGGAUAAAACUGUGGUAGAUAUUAAUGAAUGUUCUUAGAGGUUGACAGUGAUUAGAUUUUAGAUAUAGACUAGUUAUUAUAAGUUUUUCUUAAUUAUAUUUUUUACUUACAUCAGCCUUGGCCAGGUUUUCAAAUGUUAUCUUUUAAAGAGAGGCAUAGUUUGGCAGCCAACAUUUCUUUUAGCAUGUCAUACACUGAUAUCAACAUUUCAUAUCAUGUAUUUCAUUGUUGUCCAAAGAGUUUCCCAAUUUAUAUCAGGACCUUAAUCACUGUUUGAACCGUUCUUCUAACCUUAAGUUGCAAUCUUGGUGCUCGUAGAGGUCGGUGCCAAGGCAAAACUGCUACUUUCACUAGGUUUGGAAUUUUGCCCUUUUUAACAUUAUAAUCAGUGGAUUCCCACCGGCAAUGUUCCAAGACCAGGUUAUUGGAAAGCGCUCUGAGUGAAGCGUUCACGUCACCGGACAUGCAUCCUAACUGCCACCCCUUUCUCUGUGCAGGUGCGCUGCAUGUUGAACAUUUGGGGCGUGAUGCUCUUCAUCCGCAUGUCAUGGAUCGUUGGCCAGGCGGGAAUUGGUAAGACGACACCCUGGAGUUGAGCUUGGGAGUCUAUGUGAAUUACUCUUUUAAUUCACACGACCUCACCCCAAACCCUCACCCUCCCGACCAUCCCUCCUCCUCCUCCCCUCACCUCUCGACCAUUCACCGUCCAGAUGCGAAAUGUUGCCACACGGCGACAUAUGCAGUCAACUGUCACACACUAGCGGCAUCGCUACUAUUCACAGGCCUUCUCAGAAUGUGUGAAUGCCAGGAGAGGUAGAGAGAGGGGAGAGCCUCAAAAAGCAGAUAAUUAGCUGCUCAUUAUUGCAGUUAUUUGCCUCCUAGGAGUUUGUAGAAAUGUUAAUGCAGAUUUUGUUUUGUCGUUUGUUAAUCAUGUCCUCCAUUUUCUUUCACAGUUCUCUCCUGUGUGAUCGUUCUCAUGGCAACAGUUGUGACCACCAUCACCGGCCUUUCGACCUCAGCGAUUGCGACCAACGGCUUUGUACGAGGAGGUAAAACUUGUCAAACUUGCAUCUUUAAAGCGUGUUUCCAAAGAACCCAGUUCUUCCAAGCCUCUACUAUAGGACUAGUCUCUACUAUAGGACUAGUCUCUACUAUAGGACUAGUCUCUACUAUAGGACUAGUCUCUACUAUAGGACUAGUCUCUACUAUAGGACUAGUUAGUUGCCGUGUUCAUCCCUCUAUGAAACCAUAAAACACACAAGUAAAUAAACAUGGAUUGCUAAUGUAUCAUGUAAAGUAGUGUUGCUUAUAGUAUCUGUGUAACGGAAGGCUCGUUCUCUGACGGUGUAAUGAAUCUGACACUCCAGGUAUAGUCAUUGCAGUGCAGGCAAGUAUAACUCAAUCGGGCUUCAGGAUGCUGUCAGUCAGUCAGGGUUUCAUCCAGGUAUAGUCCGUGGUGCCCUGUGGUGAGUUGAGCUGGGUAUUCAUUUUACCUCAGCUUAAAAGUUCACCUGAAACAGCUGUGAGGAUUAGCAGAGCCGAAUAGUCACAACUACGGAUAAUGGCGUGCGAGUCGGCAACUGCACCAUUAGCACAUGCUUUAGUCAAGACAACCGAUAGGUGAUUAGGUUAGUUUUGGUCCAUUUCCAUAGCUGGUAAUGAAUAGUUGUGAAUGGAAGUCCAGAAGUUAAAGUUGUUUUCCUUCUUCAAUUUGUUACAUCCCAUAUCAGAGUUUUUCUUCUUCUGUGAGGAAGCUGAUUUUGUCUCGGUUUAAUUAUCAGCUCAAAUUUCGCCCCCUCGGAAGUCAAGGACAUCUUCACUGUACAUUUCCCUUAACAUCCGAAACCAUUGGGUUUUAAUUAACUCCCUCCUUCCCCGGGCCCUUGAUAUGCCAUCGCCUCCACUCCCUAAUCUCUUUACCUUGAGGAAGGUCAGGAUAUUGCAAACAACAGGAGGCUGACUGAGAGUGCCUUUGCCAGAUAUAAAAAUCACUUCCCUGAUCACUCGCUGAUUUCUCUUUCGCUAGAAUUCUGAUGCAAAUUACUCCUCUCGUCCAAUCAUAUCAUAGUCCUUCAGUCAAGUUAUGCAAAUCUACCGGAGCAUGUCAGAGCAUGCAUCAAAUGUGAAGUCCAGAAACAGUUAUUUAGUUGAGUUUUUAUUUUCCAAGCCCACUAUAUGUGAAUUCCUCCCCACUGUGAGGAGAAACUGCCAACAGAGCAUAAAGAAAGCGUGGAGUGGUUUUAAUUGGGAGUACGGAACGUUCUGCCCCGGUGUUGCCAUCAGGUUAGAUCACCAAGCGUUCAUCAGUGGGCUGAUUGGGAGGUCAUGGGAAGGGGCACCACACCGUCAUUCUGCCUCGCCCACCCCACCUGGCCAAUGUCCAUCAGCGUAGGCCUAAUGUCUGGCGCUAAUGGCCACAAGUCUUUCUUUGAUCAUCUCUGAUGAAGCAGUAGCUCUUCAGGUGUCGAUGGCUGCAGGUGCGUGGUUGCCUUUAAUCUUCAAAGCAAACAUUUGAUAGCUGUUGUUGGUUCACGUCUUGAACAGAGAGCCCUUAAACAUAAUAAUGUUAUGGACCCAUAACAAAAACCAGAAACUCUUAAUCAAAAAGCUCAAGGGCAUGUUGUUAGAAACCAAGACUACAAGACUGUCAUUGUUGCUGUUACAGUCCAGCCAGUUUGUUUACCGUUUUUACCAGCUCCAUCUGACCUCUGCUGUUCUGAACACUAGACUAGCCACUGGUGUAUAAAAAUGACUCUCACCAAUAGAUUAAUACUGCAGCUCAAUUUGUAUUAUUAUUAUUAUUAUUAUUAUAUAUUAUAUUAAUACUGCAGCCUCUGUAGUCCUCUGUAGCUCGGCUGGUAGAGCACGGCGCUUGUAACGCCAAGGUAGUGGGUUCGAUCCCCGGGACCACCCAUACACAAAAAUGCAUGACUGUAAGUCGCUUUGGAUAAAAGCGUCUGCUAAAUGGCAUAUUAUUAUUUAUUAUUUAUUAUUAUUAUUAUUAUUAUUAUAGCUCAGUUUAUAUUCAUUCAAGAGAGGGCUCGCCAACAAUCUGCUCAGUGCUCAGAUUUGCAUUCCAAAUUCUACCCUCGUCUCUCAUGAUGCAUGACUGAUGAGUAGCUCAAGGUGACCUUAUGCUGAUUUACAGUGCGGUUUUGUUCCCUUUUCUUGGCAUGUUUGGAUUAAUUGGGCUGAGGGUUCCCACGCUAACCAUAGUCUUACUUAUCAUUGAACUUCUCUCUGGAAUCCAUUCAAAUAUGCAACCUGCAGAGCAGUGGCCGGCUCACAUGACGUCUGCUUAGUCCCCUGCGUUUGGAUAUGGAAUUAGGUGUCCUGUACAGGUGUGGUUUUUACCAGCUGGACAUGGCUAUCAUUUACUUCCCUCAUCCAUGGAACUGGAGAUGUAUUCUCUGUUGAGGACCUCAACGAGAUGUGCCCUAGUUCAUUUGGAAUGGAAUGAAAGGAUGGGGGGAAAACACUGGCCACACAUUGCUCCCAGUUUUCGCAGCAUGAGGGGAAAUUCAAUAGUGUGUUUCUAAAUCAGUGGUUCUCCCUCAAGUCACUGAGAGCGGUCAGUGCUGGCAGGGAGGUCUGAAAUGGAUAUUAGGAUGCUCCCUCCGCGAGGGCAAGGGAAAACCAAGGAUUCCAUUUUGUCUAAAAUAUCCUGGUGAGGAAAAGAUUAAAUCAUCUUGUCGUAGUAAAGGAUAUUGGUGUUUUCAGCGGGGUACACCUCUGGAGACCACGUAUUCGAUUAAUUCUCAUAAGGUUUCACGUCUACCACGGCCCGAUUUGUCUUUGGCAUCAGGCGGCAAGGGAGGCCCCAUAUAG